AUGGCAACGAAAAUUUUGGAAACCAUGGCAACGAGUCGCUUUAUUGGUGCUGUAGUUGGGGGUUAUUUAGCAAUGUGGUCGACUCCAUCAAUUCGUCCGCGUCUCGCCCCGUUAGCGCCAAUUCGAGCAGUGAAUCGACAAAAUGAAGAAGAUUCAAACACCCACACUUCGGUACUCGAUGAACUCCCGCAACCGAUACCCCGACGACGCUUGAGAGCACCUGAUCAAAUUGCACAAAAUGUGGAUGAGGAAAAGAGAAAUGAAGAUGAGCCAAAAAGUGAGGAAACCGAAAAAUCGACUCCAAUUCAACCGUAUCAAGCAUCGCAAAGUGCUCGCUUGAAAGGACCGCUACCCCUUGAUAUCGAAAGCGCUUUUCAGAUUGAAUCGACGGCGGAAACAUUUGAAUCGGUGAAAUCCCCAACGGAGAAGCCCGGCUCGAGUCGUGGCUGGGUGGAUGGAUUAAGCAUUUCAUCGCCGCCCAUUCGAUCACCCACACAAAAACCGAUAUGGGAGUUGCCAGGUGACUCCGCCGAGCCACGCCCACCUCGACGUCGUUUGAGUCAAUGGCUGGCUGAGGAUCCCGAUAUAAAAAUGGUGGCCGAAGCGGAAGAAAAGAAAAGAGCCGAGAGACAGCGCUUGGAACGGGAAAAUACUAUGGGGACAAUGGACGAAGAAGAGGAAAUAAUACAGGAUGGAGGAGGGCAGAGAUCGAGAAGAGGAUCAUUGCAAGAGGGGAGUGGGGGAGAGCAAGUCCUCGAAGAGGUACAUGAUCGCUUUGUCGAGAGCGGUGAUCACUCUGCGGUAGCUCCGAUGGUGACCUCACCCCCGCCAUCAACUUCAGCACAACCCGGGAUCGACGAGGAGCCGACCUCGCAGUCAAUUGAGGGAUUAAUGAGUCCCCUCUCACCGCAAUCCGAGCCAAUCGGUGCUGAUUCGUUGGUCGGUGAUCAACGGGUUCUCAGUCCCACUCCAUCGCAAUCCUCUCGUCGAACUGUCUCCUCGGCAGAAAUCAAGGACAAGAUGCGCACGAAGAUUCGGAAACAAGCUGAAAAGGUAGUUGAAAGGACUCGUGGCAGUGUGCAAUUGACUCGUCGACUCCAAAGAAGAGCCACUUUCCGGGACACUGAAGAAGGGCUAUCAAAUGAGGAAAUUGCACACACCGAUUCGCAUAUUAAUCAAGCGAUUCAGGCAAGGAGAUACGAUUUUCUUGGCUCAAAAUUUCUGCGCAAAGAGGAGAGUCGAGUGUACAGCGACGAGAAACAAAUGGGUUUCAUCGUUGGGGAAACGAAAGCAAAAAUAGAAGAAAAACAUUCGGUUUUGCACUUUAUUCCCGCAAAACCAGUGCCCGAUUAUCCUGAGCAUUUGUUUGAAGUGAUUCAGCGAAAAAGAGAUUUAGAGGCAGGGAAUGGGCCAACAAAGAAAAUUGAUGGAAUGGAUUUUGGGAAAAUGGCGGCAAGAGUCUCCAGGAAGUUGUUGGAAUCGAAUGGAUCGUUGAAAAGGAUCGAUUUGGUGCAGAGUCUAGCCCCAUUCUCGCUUCCUCUUGAAAUCCCCGACCUAAACGACCCGCUUGUUCACUAUCAACCUGCAAUUCAUUGGAAAGAAGCGAACAAGAGAAGUGCUCGAAAAUUCGUGCAGCUAGAUGUGGAGAUUAGUCAGCUCAUCUUUGAACAUCAUUGGCUAGCUGGAAUGGAGGACAUUCUGGCAAUGAAAAUUCGCGCCCUCGUCGAGAUCCAAUUAGAAAAAGCUCGGAAAGUCGCUGACGGAGUGAGGGAAAUUGCAGAGAAACACGCAAGCCUUGGGCAGACAAAUAUUGGGGAUGAUGUUGAGGCGAUUGUUGACGCCACUGAAACAAAUCAUCGACAAUUCGAGGCAAUCACAGUUGAGAUUAAGCGCUUAGUUGGACAACUCAAUGAGAUUCGUUCUCGUAAUGGCUACGCAACGAAUCCAAUUCACGUGAGAAGAGCGCCGAUUCCGAGACAAUUUGAUGGGGAACCCUUUGCCUUGUCGGAAUUCUUUCUCUUAACCGACGAUCAUCCAAUAGCGACAAAAAAUGGAGACAUCGAAAAGGUUUCGAAUGAAGAACGGCUACGUUUGAGUGCUAUAAACAAAUGCGAGAUUCAAAUCUCGAUUUUCUUCAACGAGAUUCCUGUUUAUCGUACUCCGCCGCGCGCGAUCAAUCCCAAUUUUACUGUAAACUUUGACGAAGUCUACAAUUUAGAGAUCUACUCACCGCCUGAAGCGAUCACGAUACGCAUUUGUGAACGAUUUUCUCGUGGAGAAUUCAGGGAACUCUGUUCUGUUGGAAUUCCCCUACCCGAUGAGCACCGAGACCCAAAUGAGAUGAAUGAGCAAAACCGAAUCCAUUUCGCGUCGGAUUUGAGAUUUGAUCGAUAUGAGAACUCAAUCGGCGCUGACUGUGAGAAUUGGCGAGUGAACGGGGUGAUCUAUUGUGGAGCACAGUGGGGAACACAGCCACGCCUAGCCACUCAAAUACAAGCUAUCAGGAAAAAGUCGAUCAAAGAGGACUCUUUCCAUCUCUUCCCACCGUGCACUCAACUCGUUUCGGAAGAGGAGUUCCAAUCAGAUAUCCGCUUGGAGAUCCUUGCAAUGCGAUAUGAGAGAAGGCUAUGGGAUCUGCCACAGUAUAGAAGAAUCCCACUAGAUGCUUCUGAGAUCGAUACAUCGUUGUUGUUAACAGACGCGAGGAGAGAUCCGAGACGACAAAGCAGAGGAGUACUCGAUUCACAUAGAGAGAAAUCAUUGCGAUAUGCUACAUUGAUACGCAGUGAACUCCUGGAACGUUUCAAGCGAUCCGAUAUCUCGAAAUCGUACUCGGAUUUGGUUCGCGAGGAGCCAUUACCGACAUUUUUUGGCGCUUUCUCAUCACUUUUCGGUCCAGUUGAUCAAAGUCGACGUCUGAAACCGAUGCGACAAACGGUUCAACGGGGACAGCUUUCCUCCACUUAUUCCCUUGUUGUGAACGUGCAAAGCGCGGUCGAGCUGCCAACGAGAAACGAGGGUCAAUCUGUGGAAACAUUUGUUCAAAUCGCGUUUCAGGGGGAAACGGCGAAAACGAAUGUGGCGAGCGGACGAAAUCCGACCUGGCAACACACGACGAGUUUACCGGUGCGACGUGAGAGUGACGAGUCGGAGCUGAAAACGAUUAUGGACACCAUUGAGAUCUCUGUUUAUGAUCAAUUAGUUUCCCAGCUUCCUGUUGAUGAUCGGGUUCAGCAGACGGUUGUGCACGAACAAUUGACGAGACGAUUCAUUGCGUCGGUUCGAAUCCCUUUCUCUACAGUGCUCUGUCGGGGAAACAUUGAGGGUCAAUUAAGACUCCAACUACCGCUUUAUCUACUUGGAUACAGCAUCUCCGAUAAACCGUGCUACAUCCGCCUCCUUAUCGCUUUAACUCCAUCAAUCACUCCACCUCGCCUCAUCCCACCACAAUUAAAUGGAUCACUCGAGACACCGAUUAUCGAAGCUCAAUCUACACAAUGGUUAUCAUUUUGUUCAAGUGAUCCAUUAAGGAAAAAUCGACGCUAUGUGGCAUUUGUCUCUGACUCGAAUGGGAGAAAAUUGUUGCCGACACGGUACCUCUCCCCAGUCCGUCCUCCUCCUUCCCUCAAUCGAUCCUCUCUUCGAUCAUCUAUCCUUGAAGCUUGUCGGAUUGUUUCAUUGAUCCCGUUCCUCUCCGAUCCACUCCUCUUUCCCGGGGUUUCUGAUGUGUGGACGACGAUUGAUCAAUUAAUGCAGCUAUGUUGUGGUGAUGAGGAAGAGCACGCGGUGCUGCUCGUUUGUUGGCUUCUUUCGAUGGGUGUCGACGCAAAACUUGUUCUUGGCACUGCUUUACCUGAAGGUGACAAGGCGGCUUUCGUUCUCGUGCAACACCCAGAGAUCACCGCACUGCUCAAUCCGAGUGAUGGCAAUCACUAUUCUCUAAACGAUGCUCUUUGUCCUUUGAUCUCGGUGGAUACGGUGGUGACGAGUGGAAAUCUCUUUGGAAACAUUCAACCACAAGCACAUCCAUCAACGAUCAAUUGGGAUUUAACGAAGAAAGCCAACUGGAAACCACUUUGGGAAAAUGUGCGAUCGGCUCCACCGAGUGUGCAGCCUGAUAAUGUCAACUAUCCACAACUAUCUGAAGAUGUGGUGAUCGAGUUGCGAUCGACAAUCGAACGAGAGGUGCGGGUGAGAUUCGAUGCUGGACGACCGUACGGGAUCCCACAAUGGAACCUUCUGGCGGCAAGAGCGCUUCGUGAAGUUCUACAAGAAUUUGACAGUGGACGAACGCCGAAUGUCGAGGAAAAGUUAUCGCGUGUCCGCGAAUCCUUCUUGGUCUCCUCGUCAGCCAUUCGGAUCCCCUUCCAUUCGGUAAGCGAAACAGUGGACGCGGUUCUUCGCCUACUAUUCCAUGUUGAUGCAUCGCCGAAUGUUCAGUUUGCCGUCGCCGUCCACGUUGAACCUUUCUUCAGCCACAUAAUCUCCGUUUCAAUCGCUGUCGCCGCUCUGACCCCGAAAAAUCUC